CAUACUUGGCACGCCCUCACACAGCAACUACUGUACGCCGGGGAGAGGUUGUUUAGCUUUGUAGCCAUGUCGAGGAGACGCUGUGUUUUGCGUUGUGAGGGGAAAUCUCCUUUGUAUGCUCUGCCAAAGGUAGAACAACAGAGAAGUCAGUGGUUGAACUUCGUUUUUACUAAUGUUCCCUCCACUGUUCCGAACAUUUUACUGUGUGUCCGGCACUUCACGGAGGACUGCUUCAAAAACCGUGCGCAGUUCGAUGCUGGAUUUUCACAGCUCUUACUCCUAAAGGACGGGGCAAUUCCAACUUUGUGUGGCCCAAGUGGAGCUUCAGGCUCACAACCUGUGGUGUGCCUUCGACUUCAGCAGGACACUGAUCGCCAGAUAUCAGAAGUGUGCGUCGUCCAAGGUUGCAGCAGGACCUCACAGCUCCAGAGUUUCCCCACAGACCCGGCGCUUCGGCAGCAGUGGAUGACUUGCCUCGUGGGGCGCCUGAAGCACCCUGUUAACCCUUCAAGCAGCGCGUGCAGUGCACACUUCACCGCUGACUGCUUCAUGAACGGGCAGCAGAAUCAGUCAGGUGUGGCUCCCAGCUUAACGCUCAAGGCGGACGCACUGCCAACACUCUUCAUAGGCAACAGCAACAAGAUGCAACCCUGGCCCCUGGAGAGGCGCAGCGUGGCGUGUCAGUGUGAUCCUCCACGGAAAUCGGUUGGAACGCAGUUGUCCAAGAACACGCUUCUCUCCGUGCGAAGCAAAGCAACUCAGACUCCUGCAGUGACGCACAUUUCCCUUGACGAGAGUGUGGACUUUAUGGCAUCUGGUGCAAAAAUCACAAUGAGAGAAUCGAGAGAGACCAAGAGUGACUCUUCCUUAAUGCUGAACAGGGACACCUUAGUGUCGGAGGCUGUUGUGCAGAUUGCCAGCCUGCUGCAGCUGUUCCAGAGGUGCUUAGGGUGCUGCAGUCAGGUGUGCAGGAUCACCACGCGCCGCGACGGGCCCGUCCUCCACGUGGUGCAGCAGUGUUGGACGUGCCGCCACCGCAGAGAGUGGGCCAGCCAUCCCCCAGACCACCUGUUCACAGACCCAGCAGACAGUCACCAGGCAGAAGAGGAGUCAGUGGAACGGUCAUGUGAAGACAUUGACAUAGAUAUGGAGGAGGAGAUGACCGAGGAGGAAGAGGAGGAGGAGGAGGAACAGGAACAGGAGGAACAGAAGUCAAAGAGGAAAAGGAAUGACAGUGACGAUGAGUGGGCUCCAAGUAUUGAAGGAUUCAUGCAGACGUCUGACAAGGAGUCUGGUUCAGAGGAGGAGGAGGAGGAGGACCGUCCUUUCAUGAUGGCGUGGUGCCGUGACUGUGGGGAGGAGUCCAGCACCUGCUGUUCCGAGCAGGACCACCGUCAGCUCUACUGCUGUGUUCAGUGCGGCUACAGGGAAGACCACCAAGGUCCUGCCUGCACAGAUGGCCAAGAAACCCAAAACAUGGACAAUCCCAAAGCCCCCACUGCUAGUAACCAAGAGGUCACCUGUGAUGUCAAACAAGAAGAUGACAGCAAUAACAAACUAACUGCUUCCAGUGGUUGCCUUGGGGAUUCAAAUAGCAGUCAAGGGGUCCUCACUUGUGGCAGCCAGCAUGCUAUCGCUAGUGGCAACCAGGAGGCAACCAGCAAUAGCCAACAGAGUGCCACCAGCGAAGAUUUAAACAGCAUUACAGACCAAGGGCUGAUUAACUGUGACAAGCUGCAUAACAACCGAAAUGGUAACCAAGGGCCACCCAGCAAUGAUGUUAGUGAGUUGAGCUGCAGCAAAGAACAGGGUUCUGUGAACAGCAGCGCCCAAGGAGUCACCACAACUGAAGGCCAAGAAGACACCAGCAGCAGUGACCAGGACAGUAACACUACUUCCCAACUGGAGUCCUCCAACAGCUGCCACCAAGAGGAAACAGUCUCCAAGGAGACGCAUAACAUUCCAAUGUUUGCCAUCUACUUCAGCGACCUGUACAGUCUACAGAGUCAUGUGGAGCAGUCCCAUGGUUUUAAACGCGAGCUCUGCCCAGACUGUGGGAAAUUUAUCAUCAGACGGGACAGCAGGUGUUCGCACGUCUGCGAUCACAAAAUCAAGCCGUUCUCCUGUCUCACCUGCGGCAGGUGCUUCACCAGUCCAUCAGGGCUGCACCUGCACUCUCAGGUGCACACCGAGGGCCAUGCGCUGCCCUGCCGAUACUGCUACAAGACAUUCAGGUUUCAGGAAGACAAGCUGGAGCAUGAAAAGAUCCACUUGGAGGAGAGGCUGAAGUACCGCUGCCCCGACUGCCCCAAGCGAUUUACGGACCGCUACAGUCGGAGCGCUCACCGGAAAACUCACUGGAAACAUGGCAGGUUCUUCUGCAAAGUUUGUGACAAGGGCUUCUUCAAGGCCUGUCAGCUGGAGAGACACGAGGUGGUGCAUACCGGCCUGAAACCCUACGCCUGUGAGCAGUGCGACCGCUCCUUCAACCAGCCAGGGCACCUCAAGUCCCAUAUGCGCGUCCACACAGGGGAGAGACCCUUCAAGUGCCAGGACUGUGGGCAGUGCUUCAACCACAACGUCAGCCUCAAGAACCACAUGCAGCGUCACCACGGACCCAAUGGGGAUGAAGGCGAGGGGGAGACAGAGGAGAUUGGCGACGACUAUGAUGAAUACGUGCUGUAGGACUCAACAGGGAAACACACAUGAUCGACAUUUGGUCAUUAGGCCUUUGGAAUUUUGCUUUGCGCCCAAUUCAAGUUCUGUAAAGUUGUGUUCAGUUUUUUCAUGUUCUGGUAACUGGGUGAAAAAGGUCAUGCCAAACUCAGAUGCCACAUCCAUCCCUCUCUCUCUAUCUCCAUCCCUCUCUCUCUCUCUCUAUCUCUCUGUC